GUUCCCCUCUUGCCCCCCAGGCGGUCAGCACCGUACUAUAGCUGAAUGAAUCCCGCUGCUCCUGUUGCGAAUCGUUACCACCAGAAUGGCCGCUAGCAAAAUGAAUACCAUCAUCGCAAGGUCGUUUUCCUCCUCAGCCUCUCGGUUGCAGAUGGUCAAACCGCCGAUUCAGGUGUUUGGCUUGGAAGGACGAUAUGCCACUGCACUGUAUUCAGCGGCUAGUAAACAAUCGUCUCUGCCUGCUGUAGAAAAGGAUUUGAUUAAUUUCCAGGGGAUGAUGAAGGCAAAUGCAGAUCUGGCAGAAUUCAUAAAAAAUCCAUCGGUCAAGCGCAGCGCAAAGGCAUCUACAUUCAAAGCCAUUGGUGGAAAAAUCAAUCUGAAUCCGGCGACGACGAAUCUUCUCGAAGUGAUGGCUGAAAAUGGUCGACUCAAUAAAUUGGAGCAAGUGAUCAAUGCGUUCAAGCUUAUUAUGGCGGCGAACAGAGGAGAGGUCGUGUGCGAAGUAACCAGUGCUAAACCCUUGGACGCCGACACCAAGUCGAAAUUGGAAAGUACACUGAAAGGAUUCCUGUCUCAGGGACAAACAAUUCUUCUUACUACCAAAGUCAAUCCUGCGAUCAUCGGCGGUUUGAUCGUAUCGAUUGGCGAUAAGUAUGUUGAUAUGAGCAUUGCCAGUAAAGUUAAAAUGUACUCGAACAUCAUUUCCUCCGUCUAAAGAAAUAAUAUUCGAACGAUUCAAGAAAGAAAUAGGAUUUACAAUCGAGAACUGUACAAACAAUAGCCAAAACGAAAAUAUGUACGUGGCAAAGAAUAAAUAAUAGUUGUACGUAACAUGA